AUGAUUCCGGCAGAAAUCACCGGUUACUUCCAAUACCUAUCGCCGGAAAACUUAACUACGCUCCCGGCAGAGUUCAACAUAAUAAACAUGCCCUCAUCUCCAACCUCAUCCUCUUCACUAAACUACUUAAACGAUCUCAUCAACAACAACAACUAUUCCUCAUCAUCCAACGGUCAAGAUCUCAUGAUGAGCAACAACUCAUCAACUUCCGACGAAGAUCACCAUCAUAACCAUCGUAAGGGCAUCAUCAUACUCGACGAGAGGAAGCAGAGGAGGAUGCUUUCAAACAGAGAAUCCGCGAGGAGGUCGAGGAUGAGGAAGCAAAGACAUCUUGAUGAACUCUGGUCUCAGGUGAUAAGGCUUCGCAAUGAGAACAACUGUCUUAUUGAUAAGCUGAACAGCGUGUCGGAGACUCAAGAUAGAGUGCUGAAAGAGAACUCAAAACUCAAAGAAGAAGCUUCUGAGCUUCGACGGCUUGUAUGUGACCUAAAAUCUAACAACAAUAGCAAUAGUUUUUAA